AUGCCUCCAAAGGAAAAGAAAGAUAAGGAGGAAAGGCCUUACAAAUGUACGAUAUGUGAUAAGGCCUUCCAUCGAUUAGAACACCAAACCAGACACAUCAGAACUCAUACAGGGGAGAAGCCUCAUCCGUGUACGUACCCUGGGUGUACCAAGAGGUUUUCGAGAUCUGAUGAGUUAACCAGACAUUUGAGGAUUCACAAUAAUCCUGUUCCCCGAAAGAGAAGGUCAAAACAUGGCAAUACGUCCCCUAACUCCGAACAGGCACCUUUGGUAACGAUGUUGCCCAUGCCCCGGACUCAACAACCUCCGUCAAUGCAAGAAUAUAAUCAGUUCCAACAUCCACAACCGCAACACAGUAUUAUGCUUUCUGCUCCAGGUAGUCAACAAGUGACUUAUAUUCCCAUUUCUAAUGGAGACAUGGAUGGGAACUCAAAGGUAUAUGCCGUUGUCAAUGGCCAACAACAGCCACCACCACAGCAUCUUAUGCAACAAAACAUGCAACAAGGUGCUUUCAAUGGGGCACCAAUGCUCCAACAACAGCAACCACCACCACAGUAUUCACAACCUCAACCGUCAUAUCCUUAUGCUCAAGCUCAAGCUCAAGCUCCUCAGUAUCUCCCUGGAGCAUUUCCUAGAUCUUCUUCUCCAGCAACUAACAAUAUCAAUGUCAAUCCACAUAUCCAAACGCAAACACAUUAUAUUCCUCCUGUGAUGAAUUCCAUCCCUUCAUCUCCAACCAAUUUAAUGCUUCCAGAAAAUGUCAAGAGAUCUGUUUCUUCAGAUACCUUGAAGGUGCCUCAAGUUAUCAAGUCAGAAUCAGGUACAUCGAUAGGUUCUAAUUUAUUUGGUUCCCAUACUACAUCAGCAUCUGAUUCAUUAAGUACUUCACCUGAUGCUUCCAGUAACAUAACCACUAGUCCUAAUACAACCACCACCACCAAUCAUUUGGUUAACAUAAAUGAUUACUAUGCCUCACACCACAAAAACGUACCUUCUAGAUUAUUCAAUGCUUCAAGUUCUUCACUAUCAUCGCUAACAGGGAAAGUGAAGUCAAAUUCAAAUUCAGGAACCAAUUUAGCAGCAUUGGCAUCAUUUGCUUCAAUAACUAGAAUGACUCCCUUGAAGACAUCAACCAGUCAAAAGUCAACUAAUAAUGGAACACCAGUUAUACCAAGACAAAGUUCAUCAUCUUCAUUGAAUUUGGAAUUUGCCCUGACAGCAUCACAACCAUUAAAGAAAUCAAGACCUAAUUCUCCUUCUUUACCAAGUGCGACACUUAAUAAUAUCAAUUCUCAAUCAAUGCCUGCUAUAUCCACACCUAAUUCUCCGCCAAUGUCAAUUAGCCAACUGAUCUUAACCUCCAGAUCUAAUACCAGCAAGUUCCUGAUUGCAUCUCCUAAUGACACUCCAUUACAAACGCCUUCCCAAUCACCUCACUUAGGUCCUCAAUCAACCACAGAAAGCUUAAGCAGAGUUCCUUCUUUCAAUUUAACUGCAGCGCAUUUUGCCAAACCCAGUUCCCGUGGUCCUCAACCAACUAUUGCCGAAAGUAUAGCGACAACCGGAACUCAAUUACCUCCUAUUAGAUCUGUCUUCAGUUUCACCAGUCUUCUGAAUUAUCCACCUCCUCCACCGGCUCCGUUAUCGGCCACGACUUCAGAAGUUACCGCUACUUCGACUACUAGAAACGGAGUGUCUUCUGUGACCCACAAUGGUGAUAUGUCACAUAUGAAAUCCCAAUCAGGUAUGGACCUUCACAAGAUGAUGAAUACAUGA